AUGGGAAGAAUGGAGCCUUAUGUCGAGAGUUGUGGGAUAUGCGGCGAGUUCGGACAUGGAGUAAAUGAAUGCAACCGGAUAGGUGAGUUCACACCCAAGGGACAGGCCGAGGCGUACGCUGCACAGGGGUACCAGGGAAGACUGCCUUACGAGCAACGCCAUCUAUACAAUCAAGGGCAGCAGAGCUCGGGUUGGAAGAACUCAGCUCCUGGCCAAAGGGCAGGAUUAAAUCAAAAUAGCCAAUUCCGCCAACCCACGCAGCAGAUGGGCUAUCAAAGUAAACAACUGUUUUACCCACUACAACCGCAAUAUCCUCCUCAGCAGUACCGACAGCAAUACUCGCAGCAGUACUCCAUGCCGCAAGGGAACUUUCAGCCGCAACACUUCCAGAAUGCGCAGCAGAUGCCACCGCCGAAACUGUCGCUGGAGGAGACUUUGCAGUCUUUCAUGGAGGUCAGCAAGCAAAACAUGGAGGUGACCAAGCAGGAUAUGGAAUCUCAGUCCGCAACCAUAAAAAGACUUGAGACCAUCGUGGGGCAACUGUCGGGCACUCUAAACUUGUUGCAGCAGCAGCAGCAGCCCAGAAAACUUCAUGGCCAGCCCUUGCAGACUCACUAA